AUGCCGGCCGGACCCGUGCAGGCGGUGCCUCCGCCGCCGCCAGUAGCCACUGAACCCAAACAGCCAGUUGAAGAAGAAGCAUCAUCGAAAGAAGAAUCCACCCCUUCCAAGCCGGUGGUAGGGAUUAUUUACCCUCCUCCAGAGGUCAGGAAUAUCGUUGAUAAGACUGCCAGUUUUGUGGCCAGAAAUGGCCCUGAAUUUGAAGCCAGGAUCCGACAGAAUGAGAUCAACAACCCCAAGUUCAACUUUUUAAAUCCCAAUGACCCUUACCAUGCCUACUACCGCCACAAGGUCAGCGAGUUUAAGGAGGGGAAGGCUCAGGAACCCUCAGCUGCCAUCCCCAAGGUCAUGCAGCAGCAGCAGCAAGCCACUCAACAACAGCUGCCCCAGAAGGUCCAAGCCCAGGUGAUCCAAGAGACCAUAGUACCAAAGGAGCCCCCUCCUGAGUUUGAGUUCAUUGCUGAUCCCCCCUCCAUCUCAGCCUUCGACCUGGAUGUAGUGAAGCUGACAGCUCAGUUUGUGGCCAGGAAUGGACGCCAGUUUCUGACCCAGCUGAUGCAAAAAGAGCAGCGAAACUACCAGUUUGACUUUCUCCGCCCACAGCACAGCCUCUUCAAUUACUUCACAAAGCUGGUGGAGCAGUAUACCAAGAUCUUGAUUCCACCCAAAGGCUUAUUUGCGAAGCUCAAGAAAGAGGCUGAAAAUCCCCGAGAAGUUUUGGACCAGGUGUGCUAUCGAGUAGAAUGGGCCAAAUUCCAGGAGCGUGAGAGAAAGAAGGAAGAAGAAGAGAAAGAGAAGGAGCGGGUGGCCUAUGCUCAGAUCGACUGGCAUGAUUUUGUUGUGGUGGAGACAGUGGAUUUCCAACCCAAUGAGCAAGGAAACUUCCCACCCCCAACAACACCAGAGGAAUUGGGAGCCCGAAUCCUCAUUCAAGAGCGCUAUGAGAAGUUUGGGGAAAGUGAGGAAGUGGAGAUGGAGGUUGAGUCUGACGAGGAAGAUGAGAAGCAAGAAAAGGCUGAGGAGGCUCCUUCCCAACUGGACCAGGAUACUCAAGUACAGGACAUGGAUGAGGGCUCAGAUGAUGAUGAAGAAGGACAGAAAGUGCCUCCACCCCCGGAGACACCCAUGCCUCCACCUCUGCCCCCAACUCCAGACCAAGUCAUUGUGCGAAAGGACUAUGAUCCCAAAGCUUCUAAGCCCCUUCCUCCAGCUCCUGCUCCUGAUGAAUAUCUUGUAUCCCCCAUCACUGGGGAGAAGAUUCCUGCCAGCAAAAUGCAAGAGCACAUGCGUAUUGGGCUUCUUGACCCCCGCUGGCUGGAGCAGCGGGAUCGCUCCAUCCGAGAGAAACAGAGUGAUGAUGAGGUUUAUGCACCAGGUCUGGAUAUUGAGAGUAGCUUAAAGCAGUUGGCUGAGCGCCGUACUGACAUCUUUGGGGUAGAAGAAACAGCCAUUGGUAAGAAGAUUGGUGAAGAAGAGAUCCAGAAGCCAGAAGAAAAGGUGACUUGGGAUGGCCAUUCAGGCAGCAUGGCCCGGACCCAGCAGGCUGCCCAGGCCAACAUCACCCUCCAGGAGCAGAUUGAGGCCAUCCAUAAGGCAAAGGGCCUAGUGCCAGAAGAUGACACUAAGGAGAAAAUUGGCCCUAGCAAGCCCAAUGAAAUUCCCCAGCAGCCGCCACCACCAUCUUCAGCCACCAAUAUUCCCAGCUCAGCACCCCCCAUCACAUCAGUGCCCCGGCCACCUGCGAUGCCGCCUCCAGUUCGUACCACUGUUGUAUCUGCGGUACCUGUCAUGCCCCGGCCACCCAUGGCCUCUGUAGUCCGACUGCCUCCAGGCUCAGUGAUUGCCCCCAUGCCACCCAUCAUCCAUGCACCUAGGAUCAACGUGGUACCCAUGCCUCCCGCUGCACCUCCUAUUAUGGCACCUCGCCCACCUCCCAUGAUUGUGCCAACAGCCUUUGUGCCUGCCCCACCUGUGGCUCCAGUCCCAGCCCCAGCACCAAUGCCUCCUGUACACCCCCCACCUCCUAUGGAAGAUGAGCCUCCAUCUAAGAAACUCAAGACUGAGGACAGCCUCAUGCCUGAGGAAGAGUUCCUGCGCAGGAACAAGGGUCCAGUGUCCAUCAAAGUGCAGGUACCCAACAUGCAGGAUAAGACAGAAUGGAAGCUGAAUGGGCAAGGGCUGGUCUUCACUCUGCCACUCACAGACCAGGUCUCUGUCAUCAAAGUGAAGAUUCAUGAAGCCACAGGCAUGCCUGCAGGGAAACAGAAACUACAGUAUGAAGGCAUUUUCAUCAAGGAUUCCAACUCCCUGGCUUACUACAACAUGGCCAGUGGUGCUGUCAUCCACUUGGCCCUCAAGGAGAGAGGCGGCAGGAAGAAGUAGUGAAGAGAUACCUACAGUUGGGCUCCUGCAUUGGACCUCUUCUUUUACCACCACUUCCAGGAGCUUUUCUGGGACCUCAGGCACAGCCCGUGUAUUUGUUUUCCUCUUAAUCAGUUUCGAAAUUCACCUUGUCAUUUAGGAGAGGUGUUGCCCAUUAUCUAACCUGACAUGGGUAAGAAUAGCAGAGCUUUCUAAGCCAGUCUGUGGAAUGAUUUCUUGUUAGGUUCUGAAUUUGAGAUCCUUCAGGAAGCCCAUUAGGAAUUCAAAACUCAGUGUUUCCUACAGGAUAGUUUCAUAAUACCGAGUGAUGUUUGGCGGAUAGAAUAUGGUUACUGUCAUCAUUUUAUAUCAUGCUUUGGUUUCUAAUCUCUUGAAGCCAAGCAUGGUACAUGCAUGCUUGUAAUCCUGGGACUUGGGAGGUUUAGGCAGGAGAAUUAGAUGUUCAGAGUUACCCUCAACUGUACAGCUUGAGGCCCACCUGGGCUGUGGGAGAUACUGUGUUAAAAAAAUAUUUUUAAAAAUUAAAAACAAAACACCUCUUGGACCCUCAUAGAAACAGUUUAUUAAGAUCUGACUCUUGGCCAAGUGUGCCUACCACCUAGUACUGUGGAGCUCUUGGGGUCUCAGUAGUUAUGGUCUCUGUAUAUAAAUUUUUGCUGCCGUCAUUAGUCUUUCUUCUGAAAAUCAUCAUGGGCUGGGGAGGUGGCUUGAUGAAUAAAGUGCUUAUGGUGCAAGAAUCCAUUGUAAAAGCCACUAGCACAAACUGCUGUAACCCUUGUGCACUGGGAGAUCGAAGACUAAGCCAGAAUCAUCUGGAGCAGGCCCGUGAACACUAGACCGUCUCUAAAGCUAGAUGGAAGGCAAGGCCUGACAUCCAUGAAUGUCUUCUGGUCUCAUAUGUGCCAUGACACACCUCUACAAGAAACACACAUUUUAUAUUUGUGAAACAUUGGGACCCUCCAACAUGCAGUAUCCCACAGAACAAGGACCACCACAAUAGCAGUUUUCUUCAAAUCUAGAAUCACCCAUGAACUGAUUGGCAUAGUGGUUUUAGGUUAGGUGCUUCAUUCAGUGUGAUCAAAGGGUAUUGUUUAUGAUGUGUGUUAUUAAUUAUGCCAAGUCUAUGUGCUUAUCUAAGGGCCUCAAAUUUAGUUUACUACCUAACGUGUUUUGUUGUUAGGGUUUUGUUGUUGUUGUUCUUUUUUUAUUUGUUUUAUUUUGAGACAGCUGGCCUGGACUUGCUAUAUAGACCAGGUUGGCUUUGAAUGUACAGAAAUCAGCUUGCCACUGCCUCUCAAAUACUGGGAUUAAAGACAUAAGUUGUCAGACCUGACACUGCUUCCUGUUCAAGCACUUGUGUGGUAGUCCUUAUGUGAUUUUUCUUGUUUGAGGUACCAGAGGCAAGUCACAUUCCCACAAUCACAUGGUUCAAAGAUGAAGAAUAUGUGCAAAACA